CUUCGCACAUGGAAUUGCGAAUCAGUUGCGCUUUUGCGCUCCAGCCAGCCGACCUCACGGACGCGCGAGAACAGCCGCCGCUCAUCGGUGCAGCGCACGGGCUGAGGACUCUAUUUCGAUACCCUAUUGCAGAGUUUUUAUUUUUUUAAAUUGGAUAUUUUUUUUAUUUCAUUUCUUCAGGAAGAUUGUUCUUUCCAUUACGCGAUGGAGAAGAUGUCUCGACCUCUUCCUAUAAACCCAACUUUCCUACCUCCGACUCACGGCGUCCUGAAAUCCCUGCUGGAGAACCCCAUGAAACUGCCAUUUCAUCACGAUGAAGGGUUCGGGAAAGAGAAAGAGAAGGAAAAGAAGUUGGAAGAGGAUGGAAACGGUCUAAACACCCCUCAGUCCGCCUUCCUGGGGCCGACUCUGUGGGACAAGACCCUGCCGUACGAUGGCGACAACUUCCAGCUGGAGUAUAUGGAUUUAGAGGAGUUUCUGUUGGAGAACAAUAUUCCCGCCAACUCACAGAGCGAGCAGAACCAACCUUCCCAGCAGCCCCUGCCACAGCAGCCUCCUUCCGCCCCGCCUACACCUUCCGUGGUGGAUCUCAGUAACCGGGCGACCACCUCCGUUCACUCCGGGAUCGUUGGCCAGAACUGCCUUCAGAGUCCCAGCAGAGCAGUUCUGCCCUCUUCACGUGACACACCCAGUCCGAUAGAUCCAGACUCCAUCCAGGUUCCGGUCGGGUACGAGCCCGACCCCGCUGACCUCGCCCUCUCCAGCGUCCCGGGACAGGAAAUCUUCGACCCUCGCAAGCGCAAAUUCAGUGCGGAGGAGCUGAAGCCGCAGCCCAUGAUCAAGAAGGCGCGCAAGGUCUUCAUUCCAGAUGACAUGAAGCAGGAUGACAAGUACUGGGCAAGGCGCAGAAAGAACAAUGUCGCGGCCAAACGGUCCCGGGACGCUCGCCGGCUGAAAGAGAACCAGAUCGCCAUCCGCGCGGGAUUCCUGGAGAAAGAGAACGCGGCACUCAGACAGGAAGUGGCCGACCUGCGGAAGGAACUCGGCCGCUGUAAGAACGUUCUGGCCAAAUACGAGGCGCGACACGGCCCUCUGUGAGCCCCUCCCAUCCCCACAAAAGCCCCGCCCACACCCACAAAUGACCCGCCCCCCAUGGACUUCUGCGUGCCCCUUUAAGAGGCGCCAAAUUCUCCUUGAAUUUUUUUCACAUUUCUCUCUCUUUUCUCUCAAUAUUUGAGUUGACGUGUUUUUCGUUUGUGUUUCAGUGUCUGUCUUUCUCCUCUCAAGUAGGAAUUUCACUUCUCUCUCUUUCCUUUUAUUUGUUCGUUCGUCCAUUUAUUCCUUCGCCAACGAUGGAUCGUUUAUUUGGAAAUGAUUCUACAUGGUUCUCGUUUUCUCUGGAAUGUUUUCAAACACGGACUGAUAAAUAUUUUCCUCUCUUCUUGCCCUCCUGUCUGUCAAUCAUCCGCUCGGUCCAUCCCCCUCUUCCCAGAGUCUCCGCCCACUUCCUGUUGCUCGAGCUUGUUUUUGUGUAUAUUAUUGUAUUUUAGUUGAAUAGCUGUAAUGCACCGGCACCUUUCGUUCUGUAAAGUGUGUGUAUAACACUAGUUAGCAUCAGAACACAAUGUUUGUUUUCUGUUCUUUGUGUUUUGUCUGUUUUACUUUCAUCAUUACUUUCAAACCAACACCAGCGUAGUUUUUUGUGUCUUUCCUGUAUUGUCCAUGGAGCAAUAAGCCUGAAUCUCUUCAGAGGGCAAAACACAUGAAAUGUAAGCUAAAUUCUUCUACUCUAAAGUUUCUGCAAAGCCUGUUUCAUAGCGCCAUCUUGUACUUGCUGUAGUGCAGAAACUUUCCCUCCAAAACUUUCCCUCCAAAACUGCUGAAUCCAUUAUUUGUCUAUCUUUCUUUCUCUCUCUCUCGCUCUAACUCCCUGCACUAAUGCGUGUUUCACAAUCUGAUCUGGUGCAAUGUUUCUACCUACACUAUUAAUCUGCCUGAUAUAUUUAUGGACUUUUUUUUGAAUGGAAGAUUUUUUUUCAAAAAUAUUCAGCUGUUAAUUACUACUAUUGUUAUAGCUGUUCUUAUUGUUAUGGCUGUAUAGUAAUUUUUCCUUAUUGUUUUACUGGAUAUUUCAGCAUGAUUAUUGUUUCAGAGUUGCGGCCUCAAGCUAAUUGUAAAUGGGUCAUUUUUUUUUUUUUUUUUUAGAAUGGAUGAUUUUCUUUUUUUUACUAUAAUUUUUUUUCACCCACAGCAUGUUUUAGAAUUUUUGUUUGUUUAUAAGUCAGUACAACAAAAUAAUAUUUGUAGUGAUUUUUUUUUCCUUUCGUUUUUGUAGCUUCGCGUGUCUGUCGGCUGUAUGACUGUAAUGAAUGUGUUUGAAGAGGUUUUGAGGCGUUCGUUAAGCAGGACGGUGUUGUCUCAAAUACUGUGGUUGAAACCCAAUCAGUUUGUUUACUGCAGACCAAAAGAUACAGCACACAGAUUUAUUGAUAAAACAGAGUUUUAAUGUUUAUAUAUAUAUAUAUGAAAACUAUUCUAUAAGUUGCUUUUUUGUACAGUAUUUUUCCUAUAUAAUACUGUUUGAAUAUUUUCAAGGCACAACAAAUCCAGAGUAGUACAAGAGAAAUCUAUGAUAGCGUAUAUAUAUAUCCAUUACUCAGAGCUAAGUAACAUAGAGUUUUGAUAUAUUAUGAAGUAUAUAACAGGGAGUAAAAGCGAAACCCGCGAUUAUGUCCUCUAUUUUGGGCAUUAAAAACCUUCUGCACCCUCAAUUUUCAAAUAGCCUUUAGUAUUCUGUCUCAGGGAACGCUAGCAGCCGGACCUCACACCGUAACUCACAGCAACAUAAAGAUUAUAUAUAUGUAUAUUGUACAGAAAGUACAUCAAUAGUUUUUCUCCUAUAGGGAGGAGCUGCAAUUCCUCCAUAUAACUCACACUCUUGAUGCUGUGUAAUGGAGUUUCAUUACACGCAGCAUCCACAGUAUUGCUAUUGGUUCUUUGGAUGGAAAUCUAAAGGCUAUGCUUUCUAGUCUAUACAAUUAAGUCUUUUUCACAGCAGAGUGUUGAUAAUGAAUGUUUAGUGCGGCAGCUCUAAGAGCUUUUGCUUGGUUGAAUGUUAUAAAAGUCUUAUUGUUGUCAAUGGAGUCACUGGGUACGUUCAGACUAGUAUACUACUACUAUUUCUGCAGUACAUAGUAGGCCUAUGUAUGUGCACAGUUUGUGAAAGUAGUAAGCUAGAAGUUACUUCUGGAACGUACCAGGUUUUUGUAGGUUUUUCUGAUCUGAGAUCAGUUUUUUUUCUUUCUGUUCUAAUGGAUGAUACAGGGUUUAAAACCGAGACGACUGAUCUCAGGUCAGGUUUGAUUGCUGUUUCUGCUGGUGACUUCAUUUUCAACAGUAACUGCCCCAGUUUAGGCCAAAAUUCAGAUGAUUUGUAUUGUUGAGGGCCGAUUGGGGGCAGAAAUGGCGCUGUGUUUUUAUGUGUUUCUUUUAAUUUCCCUUUAUUUUCUCAUGUCUGUUUUUUUUUUUUUUGUUUUUUUUUUGGUAUAAAUGCAGAUGUGAGACGCGUGUAUAAAGCCCUGUGUAGACUGUUUCCAAAUGUACAAAACUUAAAUAAAUCCAGGAUUAAGCCAAACCGUUUCUCGUGAAUAAUGCCCCAUGAAAAUACCUCCCUGAGGGCAAGAGGGAGGCCCAGCCAAGUUUUUAGCAUUUCACUAAUGUGUUCCUCUCCUUGUUAGAUGGGAAAAGUAUUAUAGGUUAAACAGUCCUAGACCAUCUUGAAAAUCCAAUUUAUUCUGCCUUUACGUGCUAUCAGACUUACCAUAAAUACAACUGUCCUAAUCAGAAAAUAUCAACGAACUCUCAAAUUGUGUGAAACUAGGGCAGCCCAUACAUUUUAAACAUGAUUAUUGUCAGAUUACCGAAAUUUCGCAGGCACUAAAGCCUUUCAAGGUCUGUUCACUUGGCGGCCAUAUUUGCAACGCCUCCAGGCAGCUAUUUCAGGCAUUCCAAGACCAAGUCCUAUCUAUUUAAAUGGGGGAAUCCUGAAAUCUCCAAAACUACUUAGUGAACUCAAUUAAAUAACAUAUUUCAAAUCAGCAACAAAAUCUGACAUGAACUGUCCCAUAAAUGUGACCCUGGACCACAAAACCAGUCAUAAGGGUCUUUUUUUUUUAAAUUGAGCUGAAUAAAUAAGCUUUCCAUUGAUGUAUGGUUGUUAGGAUAUGACAAUAUUUGGCCGAGAUACAACUAUUUAAAAAAAUCUGGAAUCUGAGGGUGCAAAAAAAUGAAAAUAUUGAGAAAAUUGCUUUUAAAGUUGUCCAAAAGUCCUUAGCAAUGCAUAUCCACUCACAAAAAUACAUUUUUGAUAUAUUUACAGUAGGAAAUUUACAAAAUAUCUUCAUGGAACAUGAUCUUUACUUAAUAACCUAUUAAAUUUUGGCAUAAAAGAAAAAUCGAUAAGUUUCCAUGGAUGUUAAAGGUUCUUCGUGAAACCAUCAGUGCCAAUAGAGAACCUUUAUUUUUAAGAGUGUAGGACAUUUCCGAUAGCAUGUGAAGGCAGCAUUAGCAUACAAACGUUUGGCCAACUCAAUCUAGACUGUUUAGCAAUAGAUUGCAUGAGCGGAUAAUCUUGUAUUCAUAUAAAUCUACCUUUAGAUGCAAUUCUAAUAGCGUCCGUAAUCUCAUAAGGACAGGGAAGGACACAGCAGUGAGAUUGUGGGAAACAAGUUGGCGUCUCCCUUUUGGUAAAAUUCACUACCUCAGUACUGAAAGGAAGCUAGAACCAUAUUGAACCUGUUUAGUCCAGUGCCUUGAAUUACCACAGACGAUUUCACACUCAUUUUAAAGCUUAAAUUACUUGGACCGGAUCGGACCUGCACGGAAAGGGCUCCCCACGCUGCUCCAAUCAGCCCUGACAAUCCCACCCCUUACUUUACACGUUCUCAAACACAGAACUCAGACGCUAGUAAAGCGCUGGUUCGUCUUGAAAGACCCACAGGGGUCGACGGGAAGGUGGGCCCAGAGAACCGCCGUAUUCAAGGCAACACCUGCAAGACAGUCAAAGCUGGAGAUGUUUGAUCUUGUGUGUCAUGCAAUGGAAGCAGAAACCUGAAUCUUUGCUCUCUGCUGCCACCUUUUGACCCCUUAUCUCUCUGUACAUUUAGUGUCCAAUAAAGUCUUCAGUUUUCUCUCAA